UGCCAGGGGGCGCCUCGGGACAGCUCGGUCCGGCAGCAGCCUCAGUCCUCGGGCCGUUGCGCAGCCGCCUUUUCUCGUUCCCUCCCGUCCGUAUCCCUGCAUUCCCUGCUGCAACACCCCCCUCCUCCCCUCAAUCCCAUCAGCGGCGGCGUCGCUGGGCUCGGCUCCCCGCGUUGCGGCGGUGCUCGGUGGCCGCUCCCCCCGCGCCGCACCUCCCGCCGCGGCCGCCAUGUUGGGCUGCUACACGCUCAGUGGCGGCGGUUGUGGCUGCAGCGCGUGACCGAGGGCGGAAGCCGAGCGAGGUAGGAGGGAGGGUGCCCUGCGCCCGGCGGGGCGAGCCCGGGAGAGCAGCUCGCCGCCGCCACUGAAGGCGCCGGGGAGAGGGGGCCCGUAGCGAGCGGGGAGACCGGCGCUUGCCCUCCGUCCCUGGACGCUCACUCAGAGGAGGAGGAAGAAGAGGAGGAGGGCGCCGCCACAGCCAUGGGAAGGGUUUGACAGGGCUCGAAGCGUCGCGCGCCUCGGCGCGGCCCGCCCGCCGCCGCGCAGGAGAAGGAGGCGAUGAUGAAGACGUUAGUUUUUGCGAAUCACUGAAACGCCUUAAAAGGAGACUCGGAAGUAAUAAUCAUUAAAAAAGAAACCCCAGUGCAAACUGAAACAGCCAUGUCUGGAGAAGUGCGUUUGAAGCAGCUGGAGCAGUUUAUUUUGGAUGGGCCAACUCAGACUAAUGGGCAAUGCUUCAGUGUGGAAACCUUGCUGGAUAUACUCAUCUGCCUUUAUGAUGAAUGUAAUAAUUCACCUCUGAGAAGAGAGAAGAACAUUCUUGAGUAUCUAGAGUGGGCCAAACCUUUUACAUCUAAAGUGAAACAGAUGCGACUACAUAAAGAAGAUUUUGAAAUCCUGAAAGUGAUUGGUCGAGGAGCCUUUGGGGAGGUUGCAGUAGUAAAACUGAAGAAUGCAGAUAAAGUUUUUGCCAUGAAAAUACUUAAUAAAUGGGAGAUGCUGAAGAGAGCCGAAACAGCCUGUUUUCGGGAAGAGAGAGAUGUAUUAGUGAAUGGGGAUAACCAGUGGAUCACAACAUUACAUUAUGCUUUCCAGGAUGAAAACUAUUUAUACCUGGUUAUGGAUUACUACGUUGGAGGAGACUUGCUUACAUUGCUCAGCAAAUUUGAGGACAGACUGCCUGAAGAUAUGGCUCGUUUUUAUUUGGCUGAAAUGGUGAUAGCUAUUGAUUCAGUUCAUCAGUUGCAUUAUGUUCACAGGGAUAUUAAACCAGACAACAUUUUGAUGGAUAUGAAUGGACAUAUUAGAUUAGCAGAUUUUGGUUCCUGUCUGAAAUUGAUGGAAGACGGAACGGUCCAAUCUUCAGUGGCAGUUGGAACACCAGACUACAUCUCUCCAGAAAUCUUGCAGGCCAUGGAAGAUGGGAAAGGGAAGUAUGGGCCUGAGUGUGACUGGUGGUCCCUAGGCGUUUGCAUGUAUGAAAUGCUUUAUGGAGAAACACCUUUUUAUGCUGAGUCCUUGGUGGAGACAUAUGGGAAAAUCAUGAACCACAAAGAGAGGUUUCAGUUUCCUGCUCAAGUGACGGAUGUCUCUGAAAGUGCAAAGGACCUCAUCCGAAGGCUCAUUUGUAGCAGAGAACAUCGACUUGGACAGAAUGGGAUAGAAGACUUUAAAAACCAUCCAUUUUUUGCUGGGAUUGAUUGGAACAACAUUAGAAACUGUGAGGCGCCUUACAUCCCAGAAGUUAGCAGCCCCACUGAUACAUCAAACUUUGAUGUGGAUGAUGAUUGCUUAAAAAAUUCAGAAACAAUGCCUCCACCAUCACACACUGCAUUUUCUGGCCAUCAUUUACCAUUUGUGGGUUUCACAUAUACAAGUAGCUGUGUGCUUUCAGACCGUAGCUGUCUGAGACUGACAGCUGGACCACCCUCGAUGGAUCUUGAUGCCAGCAUUCAAAGAACAUUGGAGGACAGUUUAGCAACAGAAGCUUAUGAGAGGAGAAUAAGACGUCUAGAACAGGAAAAGCUUGAACUUAGUAGAAAACUACAAGAGUCCACCCAGACAGUCCAGGCUCUGCAGUAUUCAACAGUGGAUGGCCCAAUAACAGCAAACAAAGAUUUAGAAAUUAAAAGUUUGAAAGAAGAAAUUGAAAAGUUGAAGAAACAGGUAACAGAUUCUGAUCAGCUAGAACAGCAACUUGAGGAGGCCAGCUCUGCCAAGCGGGAGUUGGAUGAUGCUUCCAGGCAAAUAAAGGCUUUUGAGAAACAGGUCAGAACGCUGAAGCAAGAGAGAGAAGAUCUUAAUAAGGAACUGGCAGAGUCUAGUGACAGAUUAAAAACCCAAGCCAAAGAGCUGAAAGAUGCACACAGCCAGCGGAAAUUGGCAAUGCAGGAGUUCUCAGAGAUGAACGACCGGCUGACAGACUUGCACUCUCAAAAACAAAAGCUUGCCCGCCAGCUCCGAGAUAAGGAGGAAGAAAUGGAAAUGGUGAUGCAAAAAGUAGAAAGUUUAAGGCAAGAGUUACGCAGAACAGAGAGACUUAAAAAAGAACUGGAAGUCCAGGCUGAAGCUGCAGCUGCUGAGGCAUCCAAAGACAGGAAAUUGCGAGAGAGGAGUGAACAGUACUCUAAACAGUUGGAAAGCGAAGUGGAAGGGCUGAAGCAAAAACAGGUUGGUCGCUCACCUGGGGUAAGCAGUAUAGAACACCAGCAAGAGAUCACUAAGUUAAAGGCAGAUCUGGAAAAGAAAAGUAUUUUCUAUGAAGAAGAAUUAUCUAAACGUGAAAUAAUGCAUGCUAAUGAAGUUAAAAGUCUGAAGAAAGAACUACGGGAUGCAGAGAGCCAGCAGCUUGCCCUCAAGAAGGAGAUAAUGAUUUUGAAAGACAAGUUAGAGAAAACCAGAAGGGAAAACCAAAGUGAAAGGGAGGAAUUUGAAACAGAGUUCAAGCAGAAGUAUGAACGAGAAAAGGUUCUGCUAACAGAGGAAAACAAAAAACUUUCAAAUGAACUUGAUAAGCUGACCACCAUGUUUGAGAGGCUGAGUAUGAAUAACCGGCAGCUGGAAGAAGAGAUGAGAGACCUGGCCGAUAAAAAGGAGUCCGUGGCCCACUGGGAGGCCCAAAUUACAGAGAUCAUCCAAUGGGUAAGUGAUGAAAAAGAUGCUCGAGGUUAUCUUCAAGCUUUGGCCUCUAAAAUGACGGAAGAACUAGAGGCCCUGAGGAACUCCAGUCUGGGUGCAAGAGCCACAGACAUGCCCUGGAAGAUGCGCCGCUUUGCAAAACUGGACAUGUCUGCAAGGUUGGAACUGCAGUCUGCUCUUGAUGCUGAAAUCCGAGCCAAACAGGCUAUUCAAGAUGAGUUGAAUAAAGUCAAAGCUUCUUGUAUCUCUACAGAGUGUAAAUUGCAAGAAUCUGAGAAGAAGAACAUGGAGCUGUUGACAGAUAUUGAGAGGCUGAAAAAGGAGACAGAAGAGCUUAGAUCAGAAAAGGGUGUAAAGCACCAAGACUCACAGAAUUCUUUCUUGGCAUUUUUGAAUGCGCCUACCUCUGCUCUGGACCAAUUUGAAGAUACCUUUUCCUCCUCUUCAUCCUCAUUGGUUGAUUUUAUGGAUGACAUUGAUUCAGUUGAGAAUUUUACAUUGUCUAAUACCCCAUCACGGGAUGAAGAUAGCAAGUCUCACCUCCAUUCAAGAUCACGGUCUCCCUCUACAGCUAGUGAAAUUGAACCAAUUGAGGUUACAGAUCAUCCUCCCUGUUCAACUCACACAUCAGCCAUGAGGACAGCAUAUAUUGGAUCAGGACUCUCUGCACCAAAGCCUAAAGCCCACCAAUUUGUAGUGAAAUCAUUUAAUACACCAACAAAAUGCAAUCAAUGCACAUCUCUGAUGGUCGGUUUAAUACGACAGGGCUGUACUUGUGAAGUAUGUGGAUUCUCUUGCCAUGUGACCUGUGCAGACAAGGCUCCUGCAGUCUGUCCAAUCCCUCCCGAACAGACUAAGGGACCUUUGGGAAUAGAUCCACAGAAAGGCAUAGGAACAGCUUAUGAAGGACACGUCCGAGUACCAAAACCAGCUGGAGUAAAGAAAGGUUGGCAGAGAGCACUGGCAGUGGUCUGUGAUUUUAAACUCUUCCUAUAUGAUGUAGCAGAAGGAAAAGCAUCCCAGCCUAGUGUGACAGUGAGUCAGGUUAUAGACAUGAGGGAUGAAGAGUUCUCAGUGAGUUCUGUCUUGGCCUCAGAUGUCAUUCAUGCAAAUCGAAAAGAUAUCCCCUGUAUCUUUAGGGUCACAGCUUCACAGCUCUCUGCAUCCAGUAAUAAGUGUUCAAUCCUGAUUCUAGCAGACGGUGAGAAUGAAAAAAGCAAGUGGGUAGGAGUGUUGAAUGAAUUGCAUAGGAUCUUGAAGAAGAACAAACUCAAAGACCGCUCAGUCUAUGUUCCCAAAGAAGCUUAUGACAGCACCUUACCCCUCAUCAAAACAACACAGUCUGCAGCAAUCAUAGACCAUGAAAGAAUAGCUUUGGGAAAUGAAGAAGGGUUAUUUGUUGUGCAUGUCACCAAAGAUGAGAUUAUCCGUGUUGGUGACAAUAAGAAGGUUCAUCAGAUUGAACUUAUCCCAAAUGAACAGCUCAUUGCAGUAAUCUCAGGACGAAACCGUCAUGUGCGGCUUUUCCCUGUGGCUGCCCUGGAUGGAAGGGAGACUGAGUUUCAUAAACUGGCAGAGACAAAAGGCUGUCAGGCAAUAGUUUCUGGACCUGUACACCAUGGAGCUCUUACAUGCCUGUGUGUAGCUAUGAAAAGGCAGGUCCUCUGUUAUGAACUAAACCAGAGUAAGACACGUCACAAAAAGAUCAAGGAGAUCCAAGUCCAGGGUAAUGUCCAGUGGAUGUCAAUCUUCAGUGACCGUCUUUGUGUGGGCUACCAGUCAGGUUUCUUAAAAUAUCCCCUUCAUGGAGAAGGCAGUCCAUACAGUCUGCUCCAUCCAGAUGACCACACACUAUCAUUUAUCUCACAGCAGCCAAAUGAUGCCAUCUGUGCAGUUGAAAUCUCAAAUAAAGAAUACCUGCUGUGUUUUAGCAGCGUGGGGGUUUACGUUGACUGCCAGGGCCGAAGAUCUAGACAACAAGAACUGAUGUGGCCCACAACUCCAUCUUCUUGCUGUUACAAUGCACCAUACCUCUGUGUGUACAGUGAAAAUGCCAUUGAUAUCUUUGACGUGAACUCCAUGGAGUGGGUUCAGACUAUUCCUCUCAAAAAGGUUCGACCUCUGAAUACAGAAGGAUCACUAAACCUUUUAGGCCUAGAGACAGUUAGAUUAAUAUAUUUCAAAAACAAAAUGGCAGAGGGUGAUGAAUUGGUAGUUCCUGAGACAUCAGAUAAUAGCCGGAAGCAAAUGGUUCGAAACAUCAACAACAAGCGCCGCUAUUCUUUCAGAGUACCAGAGGAGGAGAGAAUGCAGCAGAGGAGGGAGAUGCUACGUGAUCCAGAAAUGAGAAAUAAAUUAAUUUCUAAUCCAACUAAUUUUAAUCACAUAGCACAUAUGGGUCCAGGGGAUGGUAUACAGAUUCUCAAAGACCUUCCAAUGCAGCAUUCCCCUUACCAAUUCCCUCAUCAUCACUCUCGUCUGAUCUCCUCUCCGAGCAACUUUGAGCACAUCUACCAUAUGACUGUUAAUUCAGCUGAAAAAUUCCUCUCUUACGAUUCCAUAAACCCUGCAUUUUCCCUGCCUUCACGCUCUGUCCUCGGUACUCCAGACUUUAUGACUCUGAGGAAUCUUCGGCCUCAGGAAAGUCGAACCGUAUUCAGUGGCUCUGUCAGUGUCCCAUCGAUCACGAAAUCCCGCACAGAACCAGGACGAUCGAUGAGUGCAAGCAGCGGGUUAGCAGCACGAUCAUCUGCACAAAACGGCAGUGCUUUGCGGAGGGAAUUCUCAGGAGGUAGCUAUGGAGGAAAGCAUCAGCCUAUGGCAUCACCCUCAGAUGGUUCCUUAUCCUCUGGUGGCCUGGACCAAGGCAGCGAUGCACCAACAAGGGACUAUGAGCGAGAGGACUCGGACUCUCCGAGACACUCUACUGCAUCAAACAGCUCCAACCUCAGCAGCCCUCCUAGCCCAGUUUCUCCUCACAAGACCAAGAGCCUUUCCCUGGAGAGCUCUGACCACGUGAGUUGGGACUCAUGAACUGCUUCGGCAUUCAGAUUUGACAUCACAGCAGCUUGCGCUCCCCAUGGCUGUCUCCUUCACUUGUUCCAAUUCUCACCUUCAGCAUCCUAACCCUCCGCAUUCCCUGUCAGAAAAUGAUUGGGGAGUGGGGUACAGAAGAAGGUAAAAGCUGGUCAUCUUCAGCACCAUUCAGCACUGCCUCACCCUCUCUUCCUCAGAUUUCACAGCAGCAGAUGAGCAAAGCUUGUAUUGUAAUAAUAUCGGUUUCAUUUUUGUGGUUACAGCUGCUUCACUUUUAAAGACAUAUUUAUCCCACUCCCUUCCACUUCCCAAAAAGUAGCUUAAGUAGACCAGACCAGUAUCAACAAGAAAAAAAUGCAGAGGGAUUUUGAUUUCAUACAGUAACUCACUGUACUGUACACAAGUAGCACAGAGAUCCUCUUCCCCUGCAUGGGGAAUUAUCAGUAUGUCAGAGGCACAUAAAAGCUUUCAGCCACCAUGUUGGAAUGUCAGUCUGAUUGUCGCCAGCAGAUCCUUAUUGAUUAAAUGAUGCAUAUUUUACUACAGUACAGAGUUUAAAUAAAUAAGCAGAUGUUAGAGAAAAAUACAUAUGUAUAUAUUCAAAGAAAAAAAAGCAUUGUGUAUGCAGCAGAAGAUGGAUGCUUAUUUAAGAGAGCCUUUAAUUUAAGAUUUGUGUUGUCCCUGUUUUCAUGCUCAGUAAUAUACAGACUUUGGAGGCUUGGCCUGAAACCUUUUGCAGCACAGAUAUUCGUUUUUGAGUAGCACUCACUGCCCUGCCAGGAGAGGUCCCUACGGUGCUUUUGCAACAUUUCUUUACUUCUGGUAAUGGCAUAACAGAAGCUAAAAUUCCGACUUUCAUUUAAUCCCCAUCCUUUGCAAAAAUAACAGUCAAAAAGCAACCCCCUGCCCUGACAACCCUGACGUGAGAAACCGAUGUGCAAAUGAGUGAUAAGAGGAAGAUGUCUCUUCUCUUUAGUUAGUAAGGCAGAUGUGUUUUUCAUUUGGGAGUAUGUUGAAAUGAGCCUCUGUUCUCACUAAUAUUGUUGCUGGCUUUAUUCUGUGACCACACUCAAACAUGUAAGAGCAUUUUGCAUUUAGCAUACUGGGUUUUGUGAGUUUCAGAAACUUAUGGCUUUUAUUAAACCAUUCCAUAUUCUUGCAGUCAGCAGUAUACAGUGUUUCACACACAUAGAGAUGUUUGGAGUUUUCCAGUUUCUGUCUUCCCUGAUGAAAGUCAUAUAAGUUUGAACCAUAUACAGUAAUUUCCAGGUAUGAUCAAAAUGUGAAAUAGGGAAUGAGACAGAUCACUUAAUGAUGCUAGAUCUCCUAGGUAAGAUUUCUCUUUCACUGUGAAUCAAGAGGCUUGUCCAAGUUAAGCUCAUUCAAUGUUAUUUUGGGAUAGGAAUUGAAAACUCUUUUCAGAAGCCAUGAUCUCAAAAGCCUGUUUCUUUCCCAUUUGGAUUUCUUCAGAGUAGUAAGCUGGUUGUGGUGUUUGUUUUCACUUCAAAGCUACUACUUUUGCAAGCCUGGCAUUUAAUACGAAAAGCUUUAGCAAACAGUUAAGUACUGAAAAUUAAUGCAUCCCAGGAUAGUUUUCAGAUAGGCAGGGCAUUAUUGGCAUUAUUAAAAUGCCAUAUCAGCUUCUUUUUAAAGGUUGCAUAUUACUUCAAGUAUAGCCACUGCUUUUUUCCCCCACAAUUCCUUCCUUUUGGUGAAGCAUGUCCACACACUUUUCAAAGACUUUGCAGACUAGUUUUGUAUUUACUGUAUGUUGUAUUUAAACAUUAAUCGUAUUUUGAUGUUGAGAGAAGGCAUUUAAACAGCAGUCAUUAAAGAUAGAACAGCCUGCUUGACAGUCCCCUGAGAGAGGGUCACAGGAUUUUUUUUGUGGAUAUUUUUUUUGCAGUUGACCUAAUAUUCUACCUGAAAAUGGAAUCCAAAGAACUACAACACAGCAAACAAUUAAAUUGAGUAAACCCCUACAUUUACUAUGUUAUGGUGCCUGCAAUCUAUUGAUAUCACAAACAGAUGUUUUCAGGCAGAGUGUAGGUCAGCUGUGUUACAAAACUAAGCCUCACAGAAUAAGUGAUCCACAGGCCUACACAGUUCGUAUACCCCAGUUUCUAAGCCUUGGCAGUCUCUGUUAGGAUUACUAUAUUAAUCAUUAGUUUGGUACUGUGCAUUUUUAUAUGUAUCUGCUCAAAAGAGAAACAGCAACUGUUGUAUCAAUUGAAAAGCAAGUGACCAUCACUUAGUUAUUUGAAAAGAGAAAAGUUGUCCUAGGACUUGAAUAUUUUUAUAUAUUUGGGGACCAUUUGAUUACAUACUCAAUUUUAAACCACAGUGGUUUGGUUGGUAUGAACAUUGAAAACGCAUGCUGUAGCUGAGCUUUUUAAAUAUUCACUGGACUAGGAAAAGGAACUUGGUCAUUUGAACUGUAAGACUCGACUGGAAUCUCAAAGACAGUUGGCUCUUAAGAUUAGAUGCUUGCUACUUUGCACUGUAGCAUUGCUUCAACUUCACACUUAGAGGGCUGCCUUUUGUCCAGGGAGCAUAAAAUCUCCCACUAAAUUUUUGACUAUAAUGUAUGUUCUCUGUACACAGUACUUAUCUAGCUGAUUUUUUUCCUUUUGGCUGAGACUGGAGGUGUUGCUUUUUUGACACUGCUUAAACAUAUGGGUUGUUGGGUUUUUGCAAACUUUUUGCCCUUCUUUUGAUUCAGGCAGCUACUAAGGAUUCCAGGUCAUAGAAUGAUAAAGGUCCGGUAAAUAGUUUUCCCCUGUACAUGUGUGCACGCAUGUACAUGACUUACGUUCACAUUUCAUAAACCCCAAAUCAGGGUUACAGUACUCUCUUCUCUAUUGCCUUUGGCCUGUAGAAGACAGCUGGUGGUUUAAAAAACAGAACAUUCCUUGGGCUGCAGUGUAGUAGGUGCUUCCUUUCCUCUCAGUUGCUGUAGCUUGUUAAGAAUAUGCAUUUCACCUGUUUUAACAAGUAUCAAACUUGAGUCAGGAAAGUUGACUCCUUGAUUUGACCCUGACUUACAAGCCAAGUGUGUUAUUCUCAGGUAUACAGCAGAGGGAAGUUAAGGGUCUUGUCAUACAAAAAAAAAGUCCAAAAAAGCAUAGCGUAUGUAUAAAAAUGUAGCUUUACUGCAACAAACUGACACAGAGUGUCAGCCUUUCAAAACAAAAGUCAGCGCAUUAACACAGAAACAAAUUCUGGCAUCAGAUUGCUUUUGAAUGGCUAGACCCCAGCUAACAGGACAAACAUGCUCUUGAGAAGGUGGUUUGGGUUGGUUUUUUUUCAAUUUUAUAUACAGUUUAAUCUUAAAUAAAAACAUUAAGCACACAAUUUAUUGCAGUGCAACUAGCCCCACCCCUUGCACCUUAGUCUGAGAAUGAAUGUGGCACGUAAGAGCUUCUGCUGUGGUUCUUUUAAUUAAUAGGAUCAGUUCCAUGGAGGAAGUGGGAGAAGUUCCUGCACUAACACAAACUGCACUCUUUUGCGUGCUUUGUGUUCAUACUAUAUUUCAUAGACAACCCUAAAAACCACUCUGCUGCGGGCUUUCCAGUCUAAAUUCCAGCUCCACUUAAGUUUUUGGUUCCAGCUGCAGCUCAGUACAGCCUGUUUUCAUUUUGCAUUUAAGAAAGUCUCAUCUACAGGGAAGAAAUCCGCAAACAAACCAGUGAUGGUAUUUCAGAGCAAC